AUGGCACGAACCCGGAUCAUGUACCUUUUGUGCGAUGCUCCAUCACAUGGGGCUCGCUUUUACGAUACUGUAGACGCUGAGAGGUGCAAGAACUUCGAUAAGCAUCCAGGAGACCCGAGGCAGUGGCAGCCAACCGACGAGCUUCUGGCGAAGUCUGUUGAGCUUGGCAUCAACUUGGUGUGUUUAGAGUAUGAUGCAUUGUGCUCGAAGAUGUUCGGGGUGUUUAAGGAGCUGCGUGAGCAGCGAGCGACGACGAACCGCAAUUUGCAGACCAUCGUCUACAAGUCCGACCACACUGCCGAGAACUUUGUGCGCUGUGUCCUCAGUAGCACUUCGAAAUCUUUGCGGUCUUCGCUUGGCAGCUUGUCUUCCCGAGUCGCACAUGAACCUGAAGAGGCUCUGCAUCUCGACGAAAAUCCAGAGAUAUCUUGGAAGGACUUCAAGCACUGGAAAUGCCACCAGGUACUCGUGACUGCAAUGACGGUUUCCGGUGUACAUGUUGCUCCGAAGCAAAACAGCACGGUUCAGAGGUUCUUUGUCCGUGCGGAGCCUUUUGCUUCCGGCAACAUGCGAUGGGCUUUCCCGGCGGCCAACGAGGAGGGGCUGCACUUCGUUCUGAAGGUGCAAAAGGCGGAUCGCAAGAAGGCGAAGGAGCUUUGCUUCCAGGAUGUGCAGACACAGGCUUACGCGAAAAUCUUUGCCGUCGAGUUCUCGCGCUUAGUUCCGGAGGCUCCCUUGCAGUUCGUUGACUCAUGGAUGGUGCAGCUGCCCAAAUGGGAGGUGGCUGAGUAUGCAACCAUCGAGCUCUUCAUUGAAGGGAAGUACGAAAAGUACACAAGCAACAAUGGCUUCAGCUCGCCCGGAGCACUUCUUGCCGAGACUUUCUCGCACUUUACGUGGCAGUAUUCCGGUGGCAACAUGCAGGUGACAGACUUGCAAGGGGUAAACUGCUCGGUCCUGACAGAUCCACAAAUCCAUUGCUCAAAGGAGGACGCCUUCAGCCGUGGCAACCUAGGAAAGCGCGGAAUGGACAAUUUCUUCCUGAGCCAUUGCUGCAAUGAUUUGUGCCGAAAGCUGCGCUUAAAGCAGUCCCCAAUGCAGCCCGGCUUUCAAUGCGUUUCAGACAUGUCAGCUUUUGGCAUCGGUGAAGCUGAUGUUUCUGAUGUUGAGUCCGUGAUCUCAAGUUACAGUACAGCAUCCAGGCUCUUGUCCUGUGAACUUUGCAUGGCCCAAGUCGGCACAGGGACCAAGCAUCAAAUCGACACGCUUGAGAAGUACAAUGCGGUUUGGUGUGAGGAGUGCCUGCGCAAGGCCGUAGAAGUUCUGGUGGAGGCAAAGUGUUUGACCUGCAAGAAGCCAUUCUCGUAUUCUUUCUACACCAUCAAGUUCAAAGGCUGCGUUGCGCCGGCCACAUGUGCGGACUGUGAGCGUGGAGAGAACUGGCUGAUGGAGGCCGGUGCUUGGUUGUCUGACGUAGUUGUUGUUACAGAGGGCCGGUCCGACGCUGGAUCAUUCGACCUACCAGUGUACUACAUCCAGCUGAAAUUCGGUGGUGCCACGUGGGAAGUCGCGAAGCGCUUCAGCGACUUCGACACAUUGCUACAAAGCUUGGCGAGCAGCCGCUAUGGCGGCCUGCCCAAACUGCCGGCAAAAACUUUACUGGGUGCGCCGACGGAUCAGGCAGCCAUUGACGCCCGCAAGGAGCAGCUGCGGAUCAUUCUGCAGGACUUGCUGCUGAGGCCAGACACGCGUACGAGCCCCGCCUUGCGAGCUUUCCUGGAGAUCACCGGGCACGUGGAGGAGGAGAUCAGGCAAGUACAGCCGACUCCUGUCCGCACCUUCGAGGACCCUCGCUUCGGCGUCUCCGGCAUCUGCAUUUCUCCUGAGCAAAGCUUGGUCUUGGUCACCCACGAGGAUUCGACUCACCUCUCACGUUUGGGGCGUGUUUGGUCUGUGGUGGAGCCGGAUGAAUUGGGGGCUCUCCAUGUGUGGGCUCGGGAUUCUGAGGGCAGCUACAGGCGAUCCUUCUCGCAGACCUACAGCAUCAAGGUCCGCUCACUAUGCUGGGAAGGAACAACCAGGCAGAUCUUCGUAGGCCUGGAAGACGGCAAGAUCGAGGUCUUCGCCCUUCGUGCUGGUGAGUCCAAGCCAGAGGCUGUGGGCUCGGUCGAGCUCCACCACAAGAGCCCCGUGACGCACCUCAGUGCAUCACCGAGGCGCCUGCUGUCUGUGGGGUUCGACACGGCCAUGCGGGUCAUCGACGUGCGCUCGCGAGAGCUCCGCUGUGGUGGCCGGCUGCAGAAGCGGCUGCGAGGCGAGAUGGACUAUCUCACGAGCUGCCACCUCGAUGACGAUAAUGAUCGGGCCUUUAUCUGCACUUCGGGCGGAGACCUCUUCGUUCUUGACAUCUCCCAAAACCCACCGAAUUUUUUACACACGGUUGAUCUGGCUUCGAAGCCAGCUUCCGACAUUGCCUUCACACAGGAGCACCUUCUGGUGGCCCAUGCCGACUGCAUCUCUGCCCUCACCCUGAGCGGCCGGGGGGAGGAGAGCCGCAUCAACCGACUCGGCAGCUACCGAGCGAAGCACCUUCAUGAGUCCGAGGUCACUUUGCUCUCCGUGGCUGCCGCGCCCGACCGGGAUCUCCUCUUCGGAGGCUUUUCCGAUGGCUCCGUGGCCGUGUGGUCCAUGCGAGAAAGCGAGGCUGUCCUAGUGCUCCAAGCCCACCAGUGCGACGUCACGAACCUGGUUUGGAUCGAAGAGCCUCCCUGGGGCCCCGUGCUGUAUACCGGUGGUGGGGACGGCAAGGUCACGAGCUGGAACCUAAAUCUCACUGCGGAGGACUUUGCCCUCUGGGCACCGAUCGGCGGUAUGCCUGCUCUGUCAACCCCUGCGCCGUUGAGUGUGGGACAGGACUCCAAUGCGGCUCUCAACACCGAGGCGCUCAGCGCCUUCGAUCCGAGUUUCGGCACCGGGCCGGUUCUUCAAGGAGGCUAUUCAGACCCCUUUGCCCUGGAGCCGAGUCGGCGAGUCAACCCGCAGGCGCUCAAGAAGGACGGCGACUCGGAUUCUGACAACGAUCUGGUAGAUGCGUUUCACUGA